AUGUUCUUAAUUUGCUGGGUACCAUAUGCUGCUGGUCUCAGUCAGCGCUCUCUCUCUCCCCUUGGUCUGUUAUCCCUUAUCCUACUUUUGACCCUCGACUCCUUUAUGUCCUGUGGCUUUUAUGUCAUUGAACCGUCGGUCCCAUUCCAAAUCCUCUGUGUUGCCCCACCCAUGUGCACCGUCGCCACCCCCUUCUACCUGCCAUACUGCCUCGCCCCCUUCCCUCCUCAGCCUGAACCCCAGCAGCCCCCUGCAGCGGAGGAGCCCCGGCAGAACGACGACAAAGAGCCCCAGGAGGCCAAGGCCGGCGGGGAGGAAGACGAGCCUGCAGCCAACCAGGGUGGCUGGGGCGACGAUGGGACUGCGCCCGCCCCAAGCUGGGAUACUGAAUGGACACCGCAGGCUUCUCAGGCAGGCUGGGAGCAGGAUGUGACCCAGACUGGGCAGUCUGAGGGUGGCUGGGGCGAUAACGGGGCCCAGGUAGGGGAAGAGGCUGCAGAUGCUGCCACUGAUGGACAGGCAGGCUGGGGUGAUGCGGGUGCCCAGGCUGGGUGGGCAGAGGAGCAGGCUGCAGACGGGCAGGCGGGCUGGGCUGACUCUGGGCAGACUGGCUGGGCUGACUCAGAGCAGAGUGUGAGUGGGCUGGGAACUAGGAAGUACCGUAGGGGAGUGCUGUAGAUGUGCUAUAGGUAGCACUGGUAGAUGGACAGGAGGUUCAGUACAGUAGUGAUGGGAGACCAAGGCUUCAGAAACACGAUGGACAGCUGUGUGUUGAUCGUUGCCUGGGACAAACAAACACCCUGUGAGCACCCUCGACACCGAGGAGUACCCCAUCUCACAGGACGUUGAUCAAGUUUCAGUCUCCCAUCUUUAGGAUCCGUAGAUAGAUGGUAUGGCUGUUGUGGAUGUCUGGUAGCACAUGGUGACAGAUUGCGCCCAUGGAGAGAGUCUGUGUGUCUGUCUGUGUAUUCUUGUGAAGUCUUCAUACCUGUAUGUGUAUGCUGAUCUCACCUCCCCUUUCUCUCCCUUCCAGACUGACGCCUCAGUGGCGGCCGCUGCAGGGGCUGCACCCGUAAGUACUGCAGUAAAUGGGCAACGAAUAUGCAGUACAAACAUUGGGUCCCUGGCAUAUCACGCCCUCUUACAGUGUGAUGUAGACUUGAUUGACCACUUAAUACAUCAGAUUAAGCCUUUCCUCUGCUUAUUUCUGAAUCCAGACUGCGGUGACCAAUGGGUCUUCUGAGGAGUUACCGGCUGGAGUCAUCUACAAGGUGAGCCCUUUGCUUGUCUUGUUUCUAGAGGACCAUUGAGACGGGUACUGAAAAGGGGUUGUUUGCACACCUAGUUCCAGGUCCAUUGAGGAAGAAGGAACUCCAGCACACUAGUAUUUUUUUGAAUAUUCCGCCAACAAUGGAUCUUGGUUGUUGCGGUCAGUAGAUCUUCAAAUCAGGUAGCGAUAUCGCUGUGUGUGAUGUCUAUUGUUUUUUUUUCCAGGUCAAAGCCAUGCAUGACUAUGCUGCCACCGAUGGAGACGAGCUGGAGAUGAAAGCAGGAGAGGUUGUGCUGGUCCUGGCCUGGGAGAAUCCUGAUGAGCAG